AAGUCCAAAACUUUUCCAUCUGGGCAGCAGGCUGCAGUGGGAGGAGGCACUGGUUAUCUGGGGUCUCUGCCAAGGCGGUCAGGCAGAUUUUGAACCGUUACGGCGCACAGUGACAUAAUAGAUCGGUGUUUUCACGGAGGAAGACAGUUGCUGAAAAGUUACCACCCAGUAAAAUCUGCCACUGACAAGGAAAAGAAAAGAAAAAAACACUUGAAGCGAUGCGUAAAGUCAGUUCGGUCCGGACGGGUUUGACCCGCAACUCCUGCGAGUUUGAAUGAUGUUUCGAAAAUGGCCUGAACUUUUUUUUUUUUCAGAGAGUGAACUUUUGUACACAGUAACCCUGCGGUUUGCGGAGUAGCAGCAGAGCUCGGAGCAUGCAGCCUGUAGAAACCAACUCGGGUUAAUCCCAGUCUGGACUCCGUGCUUUGUGCUUUCCUCUCAGGCCGGGGUCGGGGAGGAGAUGAGUGCUCAGGAUGGGUCUGUGCCUCGGUACCGAAGUCACAGAGGAGAAGAAGGCGAGGAUACACAGCGCCAAGAUAGACAGAGACCUGUACGAAUCCGCCAAACGCGAGAUGAAUGUGGUUAAAAUACUCCUACUAGGUGCGGCAGAGAGCGGAAAAAGCACUUUGGUCAAACAGAUGAAGAUCAUUCACAGCAAUGGAUUCACCAAGCAAGAGCUCACCAGCUUCAAGCCCGCAGUUCUGGAUAACCUCCUGACCUCCAUGAAGUUCGUCCUCCACGGCAUGGGCGUCCUCCGGAUCAACCUGGCUAACAACAGAAACAAGGUCCACGCCCAUUCUGUCCUGUCGUGUGGGCGGUGUUUUGACGAAGAACAGGUGCUGUUUCCUUUCCUUAGCCACGCCCUGUCCUGUCUGUUGGCCGACCAGGGGGUGAGGGCCGCGGCGGCCCGGGGAUACGAGUACGAGCUCAAUGACUCGGCGCUGUAUUUUUUUGAGAACAUGACCCGCAUCACGUCUCCAGAUUACGUGCCCACAGAGACCGAUGUUCUGCGAGUACGACUGAGGACGACAGGCGUGAUAGAGACCCAGUUCAAAGUCAACCACCUCAUUUUCAGGAUGUACGAUGUUGGAGGCCAGAGAACUGAGCGGAGGAAGUGGAUUGGUUGUUUCGAGGAUGUCAGGGCGGUGCUGUUCGUGGUGUCGCUCAGCGGUUACGACAUGACCCUGGUGGAAGACGCCUCCAUGAAUCGUCUUCAGGAGAGCAUGAAACUUUUCUCCUCCAUCUGCAACAACAUUUUCUUCCGCAGCACAUCCAUGAUUUUAUUCAUGAACAAGAUAGACCUUUUUCAAGACAAGAUUUUACACUCUGGGCGACAUCUGCGGUUAUACCUGCCACAGUUUAAAGGUGCAGACUGCGAUGUGGAUUCGGCCGCCCGCUUCAUCGCCGCCACCUUCGUCUCGCUCAAUGCCACGCCCAGCAAACUCAUCUACCACCACUUCACCACAGCGACCGACACCUCCAACAUCCAGGUCGUCUUCCAGGUGGUUAUGGACACGAUAAUCAAAGAGAACCUGGAGGCCGUGUCGCUCCUGUAACUGCCGGUGGAGGUCUGAGACGUCACUGUUGUAAAAUGAGACAUCAUUUUAAAGGACUAAAAUAUGAACAUGAAGAUCAUCUGCUCCUAACGUAUUGUCUCUGACGCUCUUUGCCACUGUUGCAUUUCAUCCUCUGUGAUGCUUGAUUUCAUGUAGCUUAGAAAAACCAUUUCAAAAAACAUUGAAGGAGAAGGACCACUUGGCUAAUCCUUUGUCGUGGGGUUGAAACCUUUAUUUUGAGAGUUAUGGGCAUUUAUAUUUUUGUACUGUACUAUAAAAUCAGACUAUGAAUGGUGAUGUUACUUUUUUGAGGACUUGAUAUAUAUACAUGCAAUUUAUUUGCCCGUCUCUUCCACUGUGUGUGUGUGUGGGCAGGACACAGAGGGGGUGAGGAUUUACUGUUUGUCCGUUACUUCCUCUGCGCAGGGUUCACUCGUGCAUACCAUCGUGUGUUUUCCGCUCAUCCAUCACUGUGUCUCCGCUGUCCACAUCCUGUGCGUCACACCCUCCUAAUGAGUCGAUGAUCUCUGUAAAUGCACCCCACUAUGUGUUUACUCGUCCUGAGAUGAAGUCACACACUCCGUUCAUUUUAAUCUGUGCCUUCACUCGUUCCCCUGACUCCUACCAGUCAGCGAUGAUGCUGGUAUUUAAUAUUAGAAAUGAGAAAAGUUUAUGUAAAGAAACACCCCUGAAGCCUCCAACUUGUGUUUAAUUUCCUUCCUUUCACCUCUGAUGAUUAUUGUUCCAAUAUCUGACGCACACACGCUCAUAAACCCUGAUUUGUCAACAGGAUGAUGCCUCCUAUAUGUGAUUUGUGUGGCAUUAACUCUGCUGGGGUCUGACUGAACUGAAGGCUCCCCUGAGCGACUGACUGCUAUCACAGCAGCUCCUCUCUGACUCCACUAAUAAACGAGAUAUGGUGAUGAAUGAUACGGUCUGAUGUGGAUACUGAAGGUGAAAGAAAAGAGAAAAACACCCCCAAGUGCCUUAUGAUGAAGUGGUUGUGCUGUUUAAAUGUUUAUACAUGUUUGAAAUUUGUUUUUUCCCAUCUUUCAGAAUAAUAGUAUUUCAUACUGUAUCUCUACUCUUUAAGUCUUAUAUACCAUGUACUCAAACUGUUUUUUAUGGUCUGUACUUUGUAUUGUACUGAAACUGCAAUACAAAAUAAAUGUGAUAGGCUGAUGACCUUA